AUGGCGGGCGCGGCCCCGGGCUGGGCGCCCACCCACGUGCGGGUGACGGUGCUGCGGGCGCGGGGGCUGCGCGCCAAGGCGGCGGCGGGCGGCAGCGACGCGUACGCGGUGAUGGCGCUGGGCCGCGACAAGUUCCGCACGUCGGUGGCCGAGCGGUGCCGGGGCGAGCCGCUGUGGCGGGAGGAGGCCACGUUCGAGCUGCCGGCGCGGCCCGCCGCGCUGCGCCUCACGGUGCUGCACCGCGCCCUGGCCGGCGCCGACAAGUUCCUGGGCCGCGCCGAGGUGGAGCUGGCCGCGCUCAGGGACGACGGCGGCCGGCGGCACACGAGGUGGUACAAGCUUCGCUCCAAACCAGGGAAGAAGGAGAAAGAGAGAGGGGAGAUCGAGGUGGAUAUCCAGUUCAUGAGGAGCAACAUGACAGCCAGCAUGUUUGACCUGUCCAUGAAGGACAAGCCCCGCUCUCCCUUUGGGAAGCUCAAAGACAAGCUCAAGGGCAAGAGGAGCAGCGGCCUCUCGGACACGGCGUCGGAGAUCGUCCCCAGCACCUCCCACUCCCCUGCUGACAGCGAGGAUGAGGCAGUGGAGAAGGAGAAGAAGAAAUCCAAGUUCAAAGCGCUGUUCUCCAAGCCCGGCCUGCAGAAGACGUCCCUGUCCCAGUCCAUGUCAGUGCUGCCCACUCAGCAGCCCCUCACCCAGAGGGUUCGGCUGCGGCCCAGCGACUUCCAGGCGCAGUGGGAUGAGGAGGAGCCCGAGACCUCUCCUGCCUCAGAACGAUCCUUUGAAAGUGUGCCGGAACAGAAGCCAGCUCCUUCUCCUCUGUUUAAAUCUCGUAAACCAGCCUUUUUGGACAGUAGGCAGCUAACCCAAGGAACCACUAACCACACCAAAAAGGAUGGGCUCUCUUUGUUCAGUGGCCUUAAAUCCAAAAGCGAUCCCGUGUCCAAGUCUAGUCUGUGCAUCAAUGGCAGUCACAUCUAUAUGGAAGAGACCACGACGAAGGACAAGACUCCAACCUCUUCCCCCUCUCCUCACAACCUCAGGAGGAAGCAGCUCUUUGCUUCAGAGGAGAACCUGUCCUCCAGGCCCACUAAAUCACCUGAAGAGAUGGGGAGAACCGCUCCUGGGCAGGCUUUCUCUGGCUCCACAUCCUUGGAGACCUUCAAGUCCAUGACUUUGCCAUCAUACAAACUGCUCAGCAGUGAGGAGCACCUGGACACCAGCAUUCCACCAAGCGUCGAGGCUGUUAGAGAGACCAAAAAACCAGAGCACAAAAAGUCUGCCUUGCUCUCCCUGGUCACUGGGAAGAAGGAAACGGUGAAGCCCAGCGAUGCUGAGGUUAUUCCCGACAGGACCCUGCAGAGUGAGGAAAACACAAUUCCAGAAGAGAAGAGUGAAGAGGAGGCCAAAUGCCCCGAAGCCCCAGCAGAUGUGGGCAGAGGGAGCCCGUCAGGAGACGCUCAGCACGCGGAGGAGGCCGUCACAACCAAGCAGCUGCUCAGCCCUUGUGAGGAGGAACGGAAACCCGAGAAAGCUGCACCAGCCAAGACCAAAGCUGUGAAACCCAGACUGGGCCUGUCUCCAGAGGAGGAACCCAAAGCCACGCUUCCUACUCUUGCACCUGACCCCCUCCCUGCUUUUCUCUCUGUGCACCGUAUCAGCAGUGCCAAUAAUCCUUUUAUUUCUGAAGUGGGGCAGACAGUCCAAGUGCCAGACUCUGAAAACAUCACUAGUUCUCCUGCCUCUCUCACUUCUGCUUUUGCUGCAGAGCUCUGGAAUGACAAGAACCCCUUUACUCCUGAGAGGGACAGGGCAUCCAGAGCCCUGGAUCCCGACAGCAUCACCCGUUUCCCUUCAUCCCAUCAUCCUGCAGCCUCUGUUCCCAAAGCGCCUCUUCCUGGGCAAGUCUCUGCCAGGGGAAAUAAUCCUUUUGCUGCUGACUGGGGGCAGGGUCCUGAGGGCUCUGAGGCUUCCCGGGGUCUCUCUGGCCCACGCACACCUUCUGUCCCCUCUGACUGUCCUUUCAGUGACAACAAUCCCUUCGUGUCCAAGCGUGGGGGACGGGCAGUGCCAGGUUCCCAGGCUGGUUCUUCCCUUUCCUGCCUGCCUGGUGGGGAGGGCUGUUCCUCUGCAGGACACCCUGCUCGUGGUGCUUCGGGGGGCUCUGCAGAUGUGGCUUUAAACAGAGAUGUCACAGCUGUGCCAGACCCUCUGGACACCUUGCCUGACCCCCCUUUUGGCCCCCCUGGGCUGGCUCCAGAGCCACACUGGGAUUCUGCUGGGCUUCAGCCUGAGGAUUCCUUGGAAAGCAGCAAGCCAGGCCGUGGGAAAUCUGUGUCCUUCGUCCUUGGGGAAUGGCAGGGUGUUCCAUCAGGUGAUGAGGGCUUGGGUGGGCAGGAAGGUGGAGAGCAGCCCCUGGAUUCCAGUGGGAGGUUACAGGUGGGUUCAGGGGCAGCAGGAGAGCGAGCAGGGUUUGGGGGUGAGCUGGGAGAAGGGGGUGACCCAUCGACAGAGCUCUCUGGGCACAGCACACAUCCCACCUGGAACAGUGAUGGAACAGCUGUGGAGGUCACUGGUGUGAGCACUGAGCCCUGCACGAGGGGUGACAAAGGCUUUGUGUCUCUCUCCAAGUGCAGUGACAGCCUCGUGCCAGAGGCUGACCAGGCACCCGAGAGCGAGCUCAGGGAGGAGCAGGAGACCUGUGGUGGAAAGCAGUGGGCAGAACGUGUGCCCGUGUUAGAGCCCCAGGCACCUCCACCUGCUGGAAACGAGCCACUUCCUCAAGUCCAGCCAACGCCGAGAGCCUGCACGGUGUCCCCUGGGGAAGGGGAGCCAGGGAGGGCUGGCAGCAAGGUCCUUGUCCCCCCAAAGCCAGCCCCACGACUGGCUGUACUGCUGAGGGAGUCCCCAGCGAGUCCCCAGGCUGAGCUAAGGGGUGAUGUUCCUGCGUCAGGGGAUGGUGCAAAAUCCACCCCAGGGCUCCCUGAAGGCUCAGCUGCUCGUGGGUGCCUCCCUCAAGGGGGCUCCUUGGAGGCUGUCGCCCCUGCAGUGACACCCAGAGGUAAGAGCAGUGGCAGGCCUUUAGAAAAGGAAGGUGGUGAUUUAUGUGUCACUCUCACAAAUGUCAGGUCUGCCAUUCCUGCUCCCGGCGACCGGGGCUCGGCACUGGCCGCUCUUCCCGUGAUCCCGGAGGGAGGCUCCGAUGACGAGCUGCUGGGGGACUGCCAGGUCAGCUGUGGGGCCACUGCAGGUGACAGAGGUGUUCUGGGGAAUGGAGAGCAGCCCCGAGGUGUGACACCUUUGCAUGGAGAACAGGGAGAGCUCUCUGAGAGCUCUGCUGCAGCCCCGGUGAUCCCGGCUGCUCCGGGAGGAGGAGCAGGAGCCGUUCCUGGUGCUUGUGAGCCAGGGGGUUUGGCUGUGCUGCCAGCUGCAGUGGGUGCUCCCAGGGUCUGUGUCCAGGGAGCUGACUCAGGCUUAGGUGUGACACCUCAUUCCAGGGAGUGUGACAGUCAUUUUGGGAAACAAGAGCUGGAAAGGAGUGCAGGUGCUGAGGAGCGUGCAGAGUGUGACUUCUCUGAGCCUUCUGCUUUCUCUUCCUCCCUGUCAAGUCCUUGCCAGCCCCACUCUUCCUCUCAUUCCCUUCUCUCUGACACCCCAAGUCGUAGAGCAGAGUCUCCGAAAAAGCCAACAGCCGAGGGCUUCGCAGAUAAAGCGGGAAAUUCGGGCAAGAAGAAACUUCUCCAGGCACGGGUUUCACCCUCUGAAACGUUCCCUAACCAAACCCCACGGGGUGCUGAAACCAUGUCUCCCAAGCACAGACUCCAUCCUGUGAAGCCAAUGAAUGCCAUGGCAAACAAGCCUCAGAGCAAGAACUUGAAUGUCAUCAGCACCAUGAAUGAAAAGCUGCUGGAAAUGAGUGUGAAGAAAUAUGAUCCCUCAGACCCGGCCUAUGCCUAUGCUCAGCUGACACACGAUGAGCUGAUCCAGCUGGUGCUGAAACAGAAGGAUACCAUUACCAGGAAGGACCUCCAGGUGCGGGAGCUCGAGGACUACAUCGACAACCUGCUUGUCAGAGUCAUGGAAGAAACCCCAAACAUCCUCCGCGUGUCCAUGGCUGGCAACAAAAAAGCUGGGAAGAUGUGAAGGGUCUGGGGGCGUCUGGCAAGGACUGAAUUCCCCCAGAGGAGGGAAAGCACUUUACUGAGGCACUGGAGCAGCUGGAUGGACUCUCACCCUGUGAGCAGCCUGCUUACAGUGUCACAAACCACUGGAGAUCUCAAAUGCUGUGUUUUGUGGCGAGGAGCAGUUUGAUAGAUGUGCACAGAGAUGUAAACAUUCAUUAGAAAAAAUCCAAGAAAUGCUGCUAAUGGCAUUUUUAUUGCUGUUUAUGCCUGCUACCAAAAAGUCUGGAGCUGUCCCUCAUGGGCAGCCUGACCUCCGACAAGCCUCAGGAGCCGAGUCGUGCAAGACUUGAGGUACUUUUAUCUCAUUGUAGUGUUCUCUGAGCAGCGAGGGCGCUCUCCCCUUUCUGCUGUGCCCUCUGCUCGGAGUGAAGGCAGCCUUGGUGGUGGUUUCAUUCUGAGAGGUGCUGCCCGGCCUCGCUGGAGCCGCUGCUGCCUCCUCGCCUGAGGAAGAUGAAGGAUUGAUUUGUUUCCUCCUCGUGCCUCCGUGGAUCUCUGGACACAGGAUCCCGUACCUCACUGAUAAACUUGUAUUUUAGACUUCUUCUCCACUGGGAAGAGUGACCUGCACAGAACCAAAGCAAUAAAUAAUACCAUUGUUCACAAAAUAAACGACGUUACGCUCCUAGCGGAGAUGAGGCCUUAACGGCUGGCACAGCCUGCCCUGGCAGCCCUUCUGUGCCAGCUCCAGCCCUGAGCUGGCUGGAGCCCGAGCUGAGCCUCCUGCCCCGGGCUCCCCUCCCCGAGCAGACCCAGGCCUGGGGGCACGGCGGGUCCCAGUCCUCGACUUGCUCAGCCCCAAAAACCUGGCGCAGCCCUGGUGCCUCGUUUUUAUCGGCAGCGCCCGUUAAAGCCUUCCUCUGGUGUCAGGGGACUGGCGUUUUACAUCCUCAAGGGCCUUAAGAAUCAAAUAUACUGUUUAUUACUGAAGGGUCCAGUGCACGCUCCCUGUUUGUACUCUCUGCUUUUAGCCCAGGUACUGUUUGUUUUUAAACGCCUUUUGGUUGUACGGAACACUAAAAUAAAGCCACCUGAAACCCA